UCUACGGCGCCCACGCCCACCGACACGCCGCCGUUUGACUCGCUGCUCCGCAGGGCGGUGUCGGACUAUAAAAGCUGCCUUUAUUCCCGACCUCUGAACAUUCCCACCUCUCCUCUGCCGACCACGUCCCGCCCUGCACGUCCGAACCCAUCUCAGCAGCCAUGCCUUCAGAACUGGAAACGGCCAUGGAGUCACUCAUCAAGGUGUUCCACCGCUACGCCAAUAAGGACGGCAAGAGCGUCACACUGAGCCGACGAGAUCUCAGGGAGUUGAUGGAGAACGAGCUGUCUACCUUCCUCAAGUCUCAGAAGGACCCUGCUGCAGUGGACAAAAUCAUGAAGGACCUGGACAGCAACGGUGAUGGCAAGGUUGACUUUGAGGAGUUUGUUUCCCUGGUUGUCGGACUUUCUAUCGCCUGUGAGCAGUGCUAUCAGAGGGAAAUGAAAAUGGCCAGGAAGUAAAUUGUAACAUCUGCAGAUUAUAAAAAGGCAUUUAGAUUUGUAUAAAGAUAAUUUUGUUCAUUAAAUACAAUGAAGAAUUUCAAA